UGUACACUGUAAACAGUGUAAACACAACCUCUGAAACAAAUUCAGUGGUCAAAAUAAGUGUAGUUAUAAUUGAAAUUCAAAUCUCAGAAAUCAGCAUUUUUUUAAAUUUUUUAUUUUAAUUUCUCAACCCUAACAAAAUGUGUUAAAGUGGAGCCUUGUUGAUUCAUUAUUACCAAAAUGCAUCAAACAUCCCCAAAUUUGCCCCUGAAAAUGACAGAAAUCAGGCAAAAUAAGUGUGGAAAAUGCAAAUUUGAAAUUUGGUGACUGAUAUGAGAGAACUGCAAUUUGGUCUGUAUCAGGGACACUUGUAAAAUUUCAGUCUGAUGUAGUAAGUAUAUUUAUUUAAUGUACAGUAAGUCAAGACUGUCUAGCAACCCCCCUUCCCUUCCUCCUCCCCUGUCCCAUAAAGUGCAUAGCUCAAAUAAUUAAGAUAACACAUACAACUGGAGAUUAAAAAAAAGCAGAUGAAAUGUCUCAAAUGUGUUCAUCUUUGCUGUUUUUCUUGACAGGUGUGUGUCACAACUGUAACAAGCAAAUUAAUGGCUGUGAAUCAGCCUGUCGUGCUAUGGAACAUCUCUACCAUGUUCAGUGUUUUCUCUGUUGCUCUUGUGGAAAGCAGCUGAUUGGCAAGGCAUUUUAUAACAUUGAUGGAAAGGUGUACUGUGAACAGGAUUACACGAAGCUUGAGCUUGCUCCUAAAUAUUGUUAUUUUUGUGGAAAGAUAAUCAAGGAAAAGAUUAUUCAAGCACUGGGGAGAUCAUACCACCCAUCUUGUUUUAGAUGUUCAGUUUGCCAAACAGAAUUAGAUGGAAUUCCCUUUGCUCAGGAUCAGGAGAGCAGAAUAUAUUGUAUUCCUGAUUACCACAGAAAAUUCUUUCCAACCUGUGCUGCAAAACCUUUUUUUUAUUAAUAGGACAAUAAGGAGAUCCUUAGAGUUGUAUCAAUGGGAAAAAAUUUUCAUGUCGAUUGCUUUAGAUGUGAGGAUUGUGGACUUCAGCUUUCAAACAAGAGACAAUGUUAUCCUCAAGACCAACACAUCCUCUGUCUAAAGUGCAAUGGUAAAAGAACACCAAAAUCAAGAUCACCACAAGUCACCCCUGUUAAUACACCUUGCGAUUCGCCAAACAUUACACCUCGCUGUCUACCUCGUGGAAGGCCACGCAUUUUGCGUGGUAAACGUUUGUGAAUAAAAAUCUCUUUAAAGCAAUAUCAUUUUGUUAAAAUAAUUGCUUGCAAUUCAGUUUGCCAUGUAUGUAUGCUCAAAGUUGACAUUCAAAGGUUAUAUUUUUAGAAGUAAUGAAAUAUAUUUGAAAAAAAGGUUUGCCAUAUUGAAGAGUUUGUUUUUAGUAAAACUGCUUAACCCAUUGACUCCCGUGCUCCCCGUAACUGGCCGUGACGAGCCUUGACCUUUGUUUCACUUCUGAUGUAAUCACCGUUGACCAAAAUUGGCAUCAUCUAUGCUCAACUUCUGCAGCAGGAAAAGAUCUUUCCAAUGAU